AGCUCCGUAAUUGACCAUUUUGGAGAUGCAAAGCCCAGAUUCUUAAGUAUAUUCAUUGAAAAAGAGAAAUUGUCUUGUCCUAUUAAAUAUAAAUUUAAAAACUUUUUUAUAUAGAUGCACUGAUCAACAUAAAAAGUUUUGCUGAUUGCAAAAAAGUUGUUUUAAGCUAUUAGCUCUGUUUGAGGAAGCUUUGAGAAAGAAUUGGGUUAUAACACUGUCUGCUUCUACCUUAUUUAAUUCAUAGGCAUCUGUUAUUACUGUUGCUAUUAUUGACAGACAGUGAUAAUGGAAAGGCUUAAACAUUACUUAUUAGUUUUUUAUUGAGUUAUAAUUUAUAGGCCCUAUACUUAUGGGCCCCUGGGUCGGUGACCCGCCUGGCCCCCCCUUCUCCUCAGCAUUUUAGGUAACAGGUACAGGUAAAAUUGGCUGUAAUGGAGUUCGUCUUAUAGUUACUGCUGGAUCUACUAUCUUUGGAGAAUUGUCUGUAGAUGAAUAACGUAUAGUAGACGAACUAUCGAUUGAAUUAUUUUCAUCAACUAUUGCAGCAGCAACGAUUCUUUGUCUAGGCGGUCUAGGUCUAGGGCUGGGUCUAGAUAAUGCUCCAGCAAUAGCUCUAGGUAUGGUACUAGGUAAUGGUGACAAAAAAAGAAGAAAUUUCCUCUCCACUCCAGCGAUAAUAUUGCAUAACCAUUGAUUUUCUUUUGUCUAAAUUAGCUCUUUGUAAACGAUUUUUACUAUUUUCAGACAUAUUUAAUCUGUUUAUAAAAGCAGCAUUAUAAACAGUACGUCCAUUUUGUCUUACUCCUCUUCAAACUGUGCGCUAUCUUCCAGGUACUCUAUAUCUUCUUAGAAACUGUUCAAAUUCGUCUGAACCAGAAGAUUCACUUAAUUAAUUUGGACGUGCAAUUAUCCAAUAAGAAAUAUUUAUUCGUGGAGGUGCUUCAGCAGGAUUAACAACGAAUUGUCGUGAAUUACUUGCUGAUGAUCCUAUUAUUAUAGGUGCAGCAUUAUUUCUUGUCAAUACUCUUCUUUCUACUACUUAAAAAGAUCUAUCUAUAAGUGAAACCUGUAAUCUUGCAUUACCUUAAGGUGAUACUCUGUUAUUAUGUAACAUCGUUAAUACUGAAUCAAAUGCAUUUCUUUUAUAUAAAUACUGGUAAUGUUCUUAAUGCUGAUAUUCGUACUGGUGAUAAUGGUAAGCUAAAGGGGUAAGCUAAACGGACUAAUUGAACCAUUUUCUACUACCUUUACCGUUAAAUAAUAAUCUUUUACUUUUGUUCUUUGUAAAUGCUUUGUUUAGUAUUCUUGUUAUAUAUUUCAUCAAUUUAUUUGGUCUUUUUUUAAAUGUAUAACACCCAUUUUUCUCAUUUAAAGAAAAUAAAAAGAGGAGAAUGAAACACUUUUACGUUAAAGUUUUGCAAUACGUUUUGCUAAGCCCAAAACAACAAAACAAACAUCUUGGAGUGGCUAGUAAAUUGGUAAUUCACUAGCCACUCCAAGACCUACUCUUGCCACAGUAAAAAAUCCCCGUUCUUUAAUUCUUCUAUUAUUUGUUCUUAUUCUAUUGGAAUAAUAAUUUCUAUCAUAACCUUUAAUAUCUAUAGCUCUUUUACCUCAUUUUUUAACUCUUCAUUUAUAAACUGGAAUAAAAUAGUAAUAUAAAAAGUUAAUAAAACAAUAAAAGAAGUUAACCCAUACUAUUCAAAACCUUCUUUGUACCCCAUUGAGAAGCACCCAAAAGUGCACCCAUAGCUGAUUUUUUAAGCUGCUUUUUUCGCAAAUUUUUAAAACAUCGCCCAGUAGAUUUAAAAGUCUGCUCAAUUUACCUUUUCCUUUUAAUAAUCUAGCAUGAUAACGACGUCUUUUUCUUCUACCUGGUUGACACUGAAUAUCAUAGGUUAUUUGGUGCUCAUUAAUAUUCAUGUUUGAUCAUGGUCUGUUGGAUUGGUCUGAUCGCUAUCAUUCCCAUUGCUUGGUGAUCACUGAAAACUGAUGUCUUUGUUUUUUGGCGGCAAAGUUUUAAUGGCGAAUGACAUGCUUAGAGCGAGUAAGAAGACCUGUAAUACAAGAGUUAUGAGGAAGCAUUAAAGGUCAUUCGAGAUUUUGAAGUUGACACAACUACAAAAUUUGUUAUUUGGAAGAAAAAAAUCUGUACUUCCCAAUAAAUGUCGCUCUGUUUGCAGUCCAUUGCUAGGCCCUUCUCUGUAAACUAGACUUAUCUAUGUUUAUUUAAUCUCAUAAUUUGGCUAACGAGCAACCUCAAGAUUUAAAUCUGUUGGUUGAAGUAGUUUUUUAAUUUACUCUACUGGUAGACACCAAAUUAUAAUUUGUUAAUCUUAUAUAAGUACUUUCUUUUAUAGAAAAAUUAACCUUUUGCAAUAUGUUUCUUUACAAUAAUCAGAAUAACCUUCACUUACAUUUGGAGGGUAAAAUAAGGAAUACAAAACAAAAGAACAAAAUAACACAUUUAGCAAGAAAGGACAAAAAUGGCUAAUUAUACGACACAAGUAAACUUUCUAGGCCUAGCUGAAGGUGAGAAAAGCGGAAUAAAUACAAUAGAUAAAAGAACAAAAGAGAAGCGCGAAGGCAGAUGGUUAACUACCCAGGAAUGCACAAAAACGAGAAAGGGUGAAUGCUGUCUGUCCCUACCAUGAAGAUUAGAAAAUAAUAUUAUGUGGAAAUAAUAAAUAGCUGUGAAAAGAAGAAAAUAAUCCAAGAGAUUGGAAAUAAAAAUAAAACUAUGUUUCAACUAACCUAAUAUUAAUAUUCCUGUAGCAAUGUUAUAAUCUUGAUUAACAUAUUCCUUCCUAAAAAAUGUUAUAAUAAUACAAAUAUUUCAGCAGGAUAAAAGCUUCAACAUAAGUAAUGCUGUUUUCAAUGCUUAUCCUGCUUAAAAGAAAAGAGAUGUUAAAAGCCUAAUUUACAAUUUCAUAACUACAUCUCUUGUACAUGCAGCAGCUUGCAGCUAAAGUUAAUAUGCCAUAUGUAAAUGUCACCCUAGAUGUCAGUGCUGCUAUAAAUGCCUUUAAAGUUUUAUGGAAUUAUCCAAAGAAAUUUGGCAAUGUUAUAAUUCAUCUCAGAGGUUUUCAUUUCAUCAAAGAGAACUUUGGUGUUUUUGGCAAGCUAGUGACUGGAUCAGGUUUUGAGGAUGUUGUGUUUCAGGCAGGAGUGUGUUCUUCUGGAAGCGUUAAGCCGCUCUUACACUGUCAGAUUUUGUGUAAUUCAAUUAUGUCGAAUCUAGUUUUGCUUCAGAUUUGCUGAAUCGAAUGCCGCUUCUACACGAUCAGAUUUUGUCGAAAAAGAUAAGAGUCAAAUGCCUCACAUCUGUUUAUGAAAUGGAGUGGGUUGCUUCCGCUGCCAGAGUUAUAGCACUGGUAUUAAAAAACGAAGAAAUAAGAGGCGAAAACGAACAAAAUGGACAAAAGAAUGGCUUAAUCAAUGUCCUGUAUUUGGAACAUACGAUACACAUUUGAAUGAGUUGCGCUUCACCAAAGGAAAGGACUACAUGAAGGACAACAUGAGUAUUUAGCAAUGAAUAAUUCUGUUUCUUCCUUUUUGUUGAACUUUGGCUGCGAUCACGCCAUUUUUUUAAAUGAUUGCAAACAGACUGAAACAAUACAGAAUUUGAUAAUUCAGAUGACGUAGCAGCGUGGGCGAGCAAGAACGUCAUUCAUUCACUUUUUGAUUUGAUGAAUGGAGUAGAACAUGUUGAUUCUUGAAAAAUCAAAUUCGACAACGCUGCUACAAAAAAAUCAGAUUCUGACUGUGUAAGAGCAGCUUUACAGGUGUUUUGACAGGUUCUCGUUACAACAGGGCCCGAACUAUACAUGCAGCUUUCUCUGAAGCUCUUGAAAGGUCACUGUUUGAACAAUUUUUCAACGAGACAGCCUUACUCUUCCAGAUUCUCUCUCUGAGCCACUUGAUGAUCCAACCCUCGAUAUUUUGGCAUUCCUCAAUAGCUACUGAAAAUGCAAAAAAAUCUUCACGAAAUAUCUUAACUUCAAAGAAUAUGCUCGCAAUGGAGACCUAGGGAAGACCCCUCAGUUCUGGGUACAAUUAUACAUGGAUCUGAUGGAAUGCCAAACAAGAAUAUAUUUGUCUGUUCAAGAGAAUGACUUUACUUCUUGACUUGCUGCAUGAAAAAUGUUCCUUCGAUGUUCUUUGCUCUGAACAAGCCAAAUUAUUGAUCAAAGGGGAGAGCAAACAUUUAAUCACGAUGCUAAGACUGCAGGAGGAAUUAAAAGUUUUGAUAGUGACAGCAAAUCUAUUUUGAAAUGAACACUAAAUAGGUCAGAACUAGCCAAGAACACAUCUGAACUGCUAAAAAUGGCUGAUAUAAAGUCCCCCAGAGAUAUUUAUAAAUCAUUGCAACCUUCAUAAAUCCUCAAAUCUGAGUCCUUCACUAAAAGAAUUGUCAAAACAUUAUAAGAAGAACACACAAAUACUUUUGGAUCUGAUUUGGAUAGAAGUUUAUUAUACAACUUGAGUUCUGGUGUGCCUGUGGAUGAAGUUCUGUGCGGUAGCAUACUAGGCACAAAAAAGAUAGGGGAAACACUACAGGAAGCGUUUGCUCAAGAAAGAUUGGUAAAGAGAAAAGUUCCGUUUCAUGAACCAAUAAAGAGAAACAAACUGGUUUCAUUCAAUAGUUCCUUGAAAAAGACUACAGCUGAGAGAAACAACGUGGUUGAAACAAUUGACCUUUACCCUAAUUACGUCAUCAAUGCAAAUUUGCGCUUUGCAUUUUGGGACUAGUCGUCACGCAGCCAACCAAAUUGUUUAUUUUUGUGAACCGACUUCGUGGAAAACAGCUUAAAAAACAUCAUACAAAUAUGUCAGAAAAUAGCGAUUCAGCCACAAUCCAAGCAAGAAAUCAAAGCCCUAGUUUUUUUAAAGACUCUUGCCCGGGCAUAAAUUAGGCCUAGCCCCAACAACGCUAUCCAAAACCAUGAAACCGAAAGCAUAAACAUUACAGAUGGCUGGACGAAACAGAGAAUAAUAUCGAAAAAGCACUUAUUCACCAAUCUUUUUCUUUUCUAAGACGUUGCAUUGCUCCGAAAGCUUUUAGAAACAAGAAGCAAGGGUAUAAACUCUGGAAGGAAGGAUUUGUACGCAAUGUCUCUGUCAGAGAAAAUGUCCCGAUGAAGAAUACUUCAUACAAUGUUUAUGUCCACCUAGAUCAGAGUGAUGGUGAAAUUCUGUACUCUAAAGGCAUGUGCAAGGCAGGUCAGAGUGGCUGUUGCAAACACGUGGCUGCUUUGCUUUUUACUUUGCUAGACUUCACUAAUGCACAGUACAGCAAAAUUCCUGAUAUGCUCACCUGCACUCAAGUUGCUCAAAAGUGGCAUGUGCCAUCAGCAACAAGUAUGACAUUGUCAGCUGCUGGGAAGUUUGAUGAUGUCAUUUUUAGUAAAUAUGAGCCAAACAAAGAAAAGAAAAGAGCAUUUGCCAGCCAAGCCAGUCAGGAUGACUGUGCAACCCCUCAGUUUGCUCAAAAAGUUAGUGCUAACGCAUUUAAACAACUGGCUAAUGAUUUGAGUGAUGCUGGAAGAGCCACAUUUUUGUGCAAAACUUUGCAAUCAAAUGACUUUAAGCCAACUGAGUUUUUUGAGACAUCAUGCAGAAAGCAGGAAUCCAGAGUCAGAGGGCAAACGGAGCAAAGCACAUCUGAAGAUGCUAUUAUAUUAAAUAUUUUUGAAAACAUCAACAGUGAAAACACACCUCCUUUUCAUCAAAGUGUCAUGAAGGAAGAGAUCAGGCUCAGUGUUCAAAAAUUGGUUCGAGUUUCUCGAAACCAAGCCAUAGACAUAUGCAUUGCAACACAAAGGCAAGCCAAGGAUCCUGCCUGGUUUGAUGAAAGAUGCAAACGUGUGACAGCAUCUCAUUUUAGGAAAAAUAUUUGGCCCAAGGCUAUCAUAAAUUCCAUCACAAGAGCAAGGGCUACAGAAAAAGAGAAUUUACCAGCACCAUUAAAAUGGGGUAUUGUUUAUGAAGAUGUAGCAAUCACAAGAUAUAUUGAAAGUAAACGAUUGGAUGGAAACUUUCAAAUUAAAAAAUGUGGAUUCAUUAUCAACACUGCUAUUCCAUGGCUUGGUUGUAGUCCAGAUGGGGUAGUUUUAAGAGACAAUGUACCAGCAGGGUGCAUUGAAGUAAAGUGCCCAUUCACCAAAAGAGAAAUGACUUUGGCUAGCGCUUCUGAGGAAAAAUCUUUCUUUUUGAAACCUGGUUCAAAUGGACUUCAGCUGAAGAAAAGACAUAAUUACUUUUACCAAUGUCAGGGUAUACUGAACAUUAUUAAUCUCCCAUGGAUUGACUUUGUUGUUUUUACAAAUCUGGACUUGCAUGUUGAAAGAAUUUAUAAGGACACUGAAUUAUGGCAGAAUACAAUGUUGCCUGAAGUGACAGAUUUUUAUUGUAAUUAUAUUUUUAAAGAUUGAUGAGAAUAACAUUUGAUUUUUUAAAGUUUUUUGAGUUUUAUAUCUCGAUGGUUUAGGCCUCUCUUAGGGAAAAUUUACUUUCUCAAUUUUUUGGAUUUUAACAGACGAGUUCAUAGUGACUUCAAAUGAUGUCACUUGAAAAUUCUAAAAAUAAAUCGACUUCUCAUAAUAUGGGAACAUCACAGAUGCAAUACUACAAAUUUUUUAAAUGUGAGGUGUUUACUUUUGAAGUAAUCAAAAAUGAUGUCAAUGAUGCUUACUAUUGGAGAUAAAAUUCUAUUGGAGGUUACUAUUGUCAAAUGUUCCUUCCCUCUAAGGAAAGGGAGUAUACUCAAAGAUACAUCCUUUGGUAAAACAUUCUCCAACUCAAAGCCUUUCUCAGCCAUUAUUAAGUCUCCCGGUUCUAGAAAACUCCAAACCCCACAAUCCACUGUUGCCUGUUUGUCCUACCUGCACAAGUCUAAUGCAAAUGAAAUACCACCUGCAGGUGAGAUUCCCACAAGUCCCUUAGCAGUAUUUUAAUGUUUGUCAUGUGAAAAGGUCACACUCUGUGAUCUUACUGAGCUAGCCUUUCAACGAAUAAUUCUGUGCAGUCUAUAACAACACGUGUUUCAGGAUAAAGGGCCUUGAUACAGUUUGGCAUGGUCAUCAACACACUCUCUUGUUGGCCAAAUUGGCAUCAUCCGAAAAAAGUUAUGCAGGAAGUCAAUCCAUGUUGUGGAAAUUCUUGACAAAUGAAUGACAGAGAUAGAAGCACUGUAUGCAAGGUCUUCUUCUUCAAGCUACCCCAAACGCAGUCGAACCAAUACAAGGAAAAACUCCUGCUCUGGUAUAAAUCUUCGUUUUGGUCCCUGUUUAACAUGGUCUGGGUUUGUGAAAUUCUCUGAAUUGGUGCCAGAAUCAUAAUAAACUAACUUGUAAGCCGCAUCUCCAAAGGAUUUUAACAGCAGUUUAAAAGUUAUGUAAUCAGGUAGGCCAGUAUAAAAUCUGAACAUUUUGUCAUCUUCCUUUAUAUCAUCUAAGGUUAACCCUGCCUUUUUCCAUUUAAGAGCAGCCUUUCGGCCAUUCCAGCAUUUUCUGAUCUGAGUCUUUUAUUCUCAAUUCUAAGUCUUUGGUUCUCAUCUUGUAGCAGCUGAAUUCUGUCUUGAAAAUCUUUCUGUUCAUCAAUUCAUGAGUUCUGUAACUGAAACGAUCCAUGCUCGUCAUCAGUUUCCAAUUCAACUUGUUCUGAAAAAAUGCUUCGUGGACUAGGUUCAAAGAGCACACUGUUCCUGGCCUUGGUUGUUGAUCUUGGCUUGAUUUGCUUGUCCUUGGCUGUUUUUGGAGUCAAAGUUGGUGUGCUGCACAUGAAAGUCUUCCUGCUGCCAGGGAAAUGCUUUGAGCAGACUCGAUGCCCUGAUGUCGGCUUGAAAUCUUUCCUGCCAACUAGAUGAAUCCACUGCUUCCUCAGAAGCUGCUUUUCCUCUGACCGACCAUCAGGAAAAUUGUAAAAAAAGAGGUGAGGGUCUCUUUUGCUAUUACUGAAACAUUCAGGGACGCAACAGGUGUACCCUCUCUUUCCUCCUUGUCUUCGCUUGAUGUCUUCGGUUCCUGGUCUAUCACCUUCAUGGCUUCUUGAUUCAAUAUAGGCUCCCUGUCUUCUGAAAUAGAAUUUAUGCCCGGGCAAGAGUUUUUAAAAAUACUAUGGCUUUGAUUUCUCGCUUGAUUUGUGGCUGAAUCUCUAUAUUCUGACAUAUUUGUACGAUGCUUUUUAAGCUGUUUUUCACGAAGUCGAUUCAUAAAAAUCAACAGUUUGGUUGCCUGCAUGACCACUUGUCCCAGAAUGCAAAGCGCAAAUUCGCAUUGAAGACGUAAUUAGGGUAAAGGUCUAUUGAAGUUAACAGACACGUAUUAGGAAAACAGCUUACAAUAUCAGCAAAAAGAGAAAGGGCUAUCGAUUUUGAACUAGCCCUGAAGUAUCCCCUUUGCACCAUGCCACUUACAGUGGUGGAUCCAGCGGGGUGCAAAGGGUGCAGUCAGACUUUCAAAGUACUGUUUCUUGUACCUGUUCCUGUGCGUGUUUCCAAAAAAAGCUAAAGAUUUCUACUGAUUUGAUGUUUUCAUCUAUUUUGCAUGAAAAAUACCCUUUUAUCCAAAUAAUUUUCUUUUGUCGCAUUAAUGUUUAUAAUAGUGGCAUUUUCACCGGAACGAAAUUCUGGUAGAAUGCAAGUGCUGACCAAAUAUAUUGCGGAUGACAAAAUCAUCCUCCAAUGAAAUCCCAUUAUUCCAUGCUAUUCCGAGCACCGGUGGGUUCCUAAAUUAGAAUUGUCACGAACGGAGCUAGCCAGUUAACUCUUUUCUCACCGGUGCUCAGAUCCAGCAUUAUCCAAUCAUUUGCUUUUUCACCGGUGGUCAACGUCAUCUGAGCACCGGUCAAGACGAAAUAGCCAACAAAAAAUCAGGGAAAUUGAUGGAUAGGGAACUGGCAUAGGCUUUUGGGAUUUGCAGCGAUUUUUGGUGGUAUUAUAGGUGCAUGAACAGGAACGUUGCUUUGAUAUUUAUGGCAAAAGAAAAGCCUGGGCGUUGCGAAAGUUUUCGAGUUUUAUAGGGAAGUCAAUAGCGCUGACUCGCUCACUGAUUCACAGCCCUUUUCUGGAAGUGUAGCGAAGCUACAGCCCAAGAUACCUAUCUAUCAGAUAAGUGGUAACAUGCAAACUUUGUGGAAAAUUGCAAGACAUCAGCAAAUAUUACAUGCAUCUGGUUGAGGAAUAGGGUGACAUGCCAGGUUGCGUUUUAUUAGCCAUGUUAUUAGUUGAUUUGAGUUUCACAAACGUUAAUCGAUGUUGUUUGUUUUGAGGUAAUUGUGAUACUACGACAAAGCUUUAAUUGAAAUGUUGAGAUAUUCCCCUUGUUUUUUACGCGAUUAAUGGCAUCACAGCCCCCUUUGUGAUUUCUUUAAUGGAAGAAUAGUUCAAAGAGGCGUGUAAAUGCCUGUCAAAGUUCUUGGAACAUCAAUAAAAAUUUUAACAUAAUAUAUUAAAUGAAAGAGAAGUAAAAUUCAUUUUUUAAGAAUACAAUUCCAAGCUGCAAAAGAUAGCUUUCAACCAGUUUAACGAAUUUCGUAGAACAUUUUCUAAAUUUUCAUGAAAUACAUUGCCUUAUUUUGUACAAUACUUUCCUUGCUUCCAUAGCCACUUUUGUUUACCGUAAUCUAUCAUAUUUUUGGCCCCAUUAGCGAGUGGGGCCUAUUGAGAAAAAGAUAAAAAUUCACCAAUAAAAAAUUGAGCUUUGGAAUUUAAACAAUGAUUGUUUUUAGAAAAAUGGGCAUAAUAAUUACAAGAUUUCAUUUUCAUCCGAGUCGAAAUCCUAGUAGAUUUGCAAAAGUACUGGUGUGGCAUCUUGAAUAUUUAAAUUGUCAAAACCUACAAAUGUCUUUUUAUGUAAUUCUGUCAGUAGUUGCUGAAGAUUUUCCAAAUUGAAAUAGCAUAGGUUUUAUUCAAUUUAUUUAAACUGAUUACUAUUGUUAAGAUUUGCAAAAUUAUAUUUUCAAAAUAUUUGGAGGGUGCUAAUUAGAGAAAUUUUGCUCAAAAGGGGGGGGGCCUGCAUUAGAGAGGGACGCUCAUUGGAAAAAAUACGCUACUUAACAUCGCCACCGAAAAUGAACGUGGUCAAUUUGUUGGGGAUGGUCCCUUCAACUGAGCACCGUUCAAAAAAUUUCCUGGAUCCUCUUCUAACUUAGUAUUGCAAAUGCUGAUGGAUCUCAAAGAAAGAUGGUUAGAAGCAAGCUAAUGGAAAUAAUUUCAAAGAAAGCUAGUUUGGUAUUGACCCAUUCAAGAGAUAGUCAGCCUCCUAGGAACAUGGUCUCAGCGUUCAUAAUCGUUCUGAUGGCAAGCAUGUGGCAACUCACGUUAAUUCCUGAAACAUAUGAAGAGCUCACAUGGAAAUUUUUAAGAAGUUUACCUACCGGUUACAGUAGAGUAGAUAUAGGUGCUGAUACAUAUCGUGAAAAAUCUAUCAAAGGAGCGGAACGUUAUAAAUGAGGAAGUUCAAGCGAGAUCAUUAUUUGUUCGCCAAAGUCAAAAGUAGUCAAAGGGCUUUUGAAGAAUGGAAAAAACAAGAUCGGUAUGAUAUUGCUGAUAAGGGAAGUGAUGGAGGUCAAAUGGCUCGAUAAAGAGUUUCCAGAUAACAGUGAAAAUUUACUGUUCGACCAAGAUUAUGAUGCACUUUAAGCAAACGAUAUAGAGAGGGAUGAAGAGAGUGAGGAAGAUGAAGAAAACUAACAAGGUAUCUAUCAAGUGAUUUAUUUAGUUUGACUUCUUGUACCUGCCAUAGACCGGUUGUGCAAAAUUAGGAAAGUGGACAUAAACGAAGUUUUGGUUGCGUGUAGAGGUAAUUUUUCCUUUUAUGGUAAAGAGUGACAGCCUGUUCAAAAAGUAGCCUUACCCUAUGGACCCUAUGUGGUCAGAAUUAUUUUAUUUUAAAUAAAAACAGCGGUUUCACAAAUCGCAUCAAUAACCCUUCUAUAACCUAAUGCUUCAAUCACCAAUCUUCGAGAAUAUACAUGAAGAAAAUUGUUUUUCUGUAUUUGGUAAAGGGUAAAAUGAGUCACGUGGCCAGAAAGAUCACCCUCAAGGAUGCCCAAACUUGUUCUUGAUGAUUGUCAAUAUAUUGUCAAUAUAAUCUUCAGUUAGAUUACGCUUUGGUCGUUUAAAACGACAAAUAAUUUAAAAACUCCUCCGCAGAGGCAGUAGGCCUAAGAUACCAGGAAGAAAAGCCCCCCUGCUACCAGACGCACCAGCAGAUCCCCGUUUACCAUCGCGAUUCUGAAUACCCUGGUCUCUAGCUAACUGGAAUCUCAUUAUCACCUUCAGUUCUUAUCUUUGCCCCCCUCUGCCAACAAUGUUAUGUACAUACUGCAGAUUAUUUGCUUCAUUUGCAACUACUUUUUGCUCAUGUACCAUAUUUGCUUGUGUCAAAGCUGCAACUACAUAAUUUUAUCCAAAAACAGCUUUCAAUUUUACGAGUUGUUCCUAUUCAAGAGUGGAUGCUUUUUUCUUAAAACAUUUCAUUAGGAAAAAUUUGAAUAUUCCAAUAUUACUAAUUUGAACAUUCAAAUGGUGGCUUAAAGUUGGUUAAAAUUUGCAUGUCCAUGAAAUACCAUUGAUGUGUCUCUAUUUCCUAACAACCUUAAUGUAUCACUAUGUCUUAAUGAAUUAUUCUAAAGACACUGUCAAAAAAUAUUUUGAUUGUAAAAGGGUCAAAUCAUCGCGGUUUCCAAUUGAAGAUUCCAUUUCUCAAUUCAAGGGACCUUUGUUAAUUUUUCCCCUUUCAAAAUGUAGCUUUUGCCGGAGAUUGGGCUUGCAGCUUAGAGCUGUCUUGUUCUAUACAUUAUAGAAUGUUGUUAUUUGGAUUAAAUAUAGUCAUGAAAGUUGUAAGGGUCUAACCGUGUGCAUAACUGAGUUUUAAAUCAUCGGCCAAGUGGUAGUUUUAAAAAACUAUUUUUGGUUAUAAAUUUGCUGGUCUUUGAGAUAUUGAUAUGAAAUAAUCUCCAGGAGCAGGAGGCUGGUGAUUAAAAAACUCUGUGGUACUUGAUCGAUACAAGCACAUAUUGGCAUUAUGGAGAAGAGCACUGACAAUGUAGAGCUGACCCACAGGACUCAACCCAAUUUUCUGAUUUUUCUCGAAGUCCAUGAAAUUAAAACUAUUGAUGAUAUCCCCAAAAAUCGAUUCAACUAACACCCUAACUCGGCUCAUGGACUAAUCAAAUGCAUGCUCUGCUGGUGUUAGGUUGGGUCUUUUGGGAAAUGGGCGUUGUGAAUAAACACUGUGGGGCAUGCAGGAUCAUCAUACAAACAUAGUGCUUGACCUUCUGGAGAGAAAGAAUAUUCUACCAGUUGAGGUAAAAGCCCAGACGUUGCAAGCAAAGCAAUGUCAUGAUGACUUCCCUCUACAGGACCAACCAGGUUGGCAAUCAAACCAUUUGGUGCAACUACAGAUUGAAAUUUGAUUGCAUGCACCCAUUUGUAACUGUUGAAAACAGGCCUUUGAUUGUGUUUCGGCUUGCAUAUGGGCCUAACUGUACCGUCAAUAAAUCAAGGUUGGUCUAAGGUUGGUCUAAGAUCUGGAGAAGGUAACCAAACGGUGUGUGUAACAUGCCUACAAGCAUGUUGGAAAUCCCCAUCAUGCGCUCAACUGGGAACUGGGCGACCAAGCCUUGGAAUUAAAUCGCCAUAUCUGUGAGGAUAUGAGUGGCAACAAAAGAGGAUGCAAAGUGCUUCAGCGGAGUCAAAAACAACACCCUUGUAGAUCUCUGGUGGCAGAUGAAGAGUAUCUAUCAGGAUGUAAACAUCUUCCUUCCUAAAUCGGAACUCUUCUUUACACUCAUCAGCAUCCAUCUGCUCCAAAUCAAACCUUUGGUAAUGCCAAUACGGAAAGUACGGAUUCCUUCAGACAUUUGUGUCUGCCAGGAGAAGUGACUCUUUCCCAUUGAUGAGACGUGCAUCAUUAGCAUAGAAAAUUUAAUUAAAGGCAUUGAGUCAUGGUAGAUAUACCUUCUCUAUAGGGGGUCAUUUGGUUUCAGGGUCAUCGAUGCUAUAUAGGGGGUCAUUUGGUUUCAGCGUGAUCGCUGCUAUUUCGUGUGAUACUUGCAUUCGUUGUUGACAACUUGCUAUUGAUGAAAAUUGCUUUGUCAAUCAGUACGAGGUGAGUUCAUGUGACCGGUUCCAGAUCAACGAAUAGCGUUGCAGUCAUGAAAAUCAUGACUCAGCGGAUUUUGGCACCUAGGGUAUACCCAAUCCAUUUUAUCAUGACUCAAUGCCUUUAACUCACUGAACGUUAGCCAUGUUGGCUCUGAGUCGUCAAUGUUAGAUUUUGUGAAAACAACAAAAUCAAAUUGGGACACUGUUGGGACGAUGUGACAGCACUAGUUUACAGGAACCCUGUGAGUCGUUGUCUUGGAAAAUCGUAAGCUUUUUAAUUUCCCAUCAUCCAAUUCGUCAUUUUCUCUUCAUUUUAUUUCUAUAUCUACCUCAUUUAUAGAAAAUUUUCCUCACAAAUUUUCCUCACAUGGUUGCUUGUGACUGCCAUGACCAUUU